GCCUACCUAUCGAGAGAGUUUAGUACCUGCCUAAUGAUGUUAAAGUUGAACACAAAAAAGUUAUUCUAUCUAAAAGCAACAACAAUAUUGAAUCCUACAAUACAUUAUUAUCACAUCUCAUAAGUUCAGUCUGUUAGUAGUAAAGUCAAGUAUUUAAUUGUUUAUAGUUCUUGGCAUUAACUAGUUGUAUGAGCUCUUGUGUGGGGGAGUAAUGGAUGAUAAAAAACGGAAACUGACUAUUCUGUAUGGCAGCCAAACAGGAUCAGCACAGGAAGUAGCAGAAAGGAUGUGGAGAGAGGCUCGGUGCAACCAUUUCCAUGGGCCAGUUAAAGCGAUGGAUGACUACACAGUUUCUGAACUUAUAUUUGAACAAUUGGUGGUUUUUGUAUGCUCAACUACUGGACAAGGAGAUCAGCCUGAUAACAUGAAGAAAUUCUGGAAAUUCUUGUUGAGAAAAAACUUGCCUGUGGAUUCUUUAAGAAAUCUUCGGUUUGCAGUUUUGGGUCUUGGUGAUUCAUCAUAUGUUAAGUUCAAUCAUGUUGCAAAAAAAUUACAUCGCCGUUUGGAAGGACUUGGAGCUCAUGCCCUGUGUAACGUAGGGCUUGCUGAUGAUCAACAUGACCUUGGAGCUGAUGCUGUCGUUGAUCCUUGGUUACAGAAUCUUUGGAACAUCUUAAAUAUCAUGUAUCCUCUUCCUGUGGAAUUGUCUUCUCAAGCUGUUACAUUUCCAUCUUCAAGGUGGAAUGUAGUGCCUUCAGAUGUGAUCCUCUCAAACAGAACAGAAUGGUUACAGUGGGAAGACAACUCCUCUCUCUGUCCGGUUUUUGCCAAUCAGCGGAUUACUCAUAAUCAGCAUUUCCAGGAUGUGAGAUUAAUAAAACUGAAAAGUUCUCUUUCAUACAGCCCUGGAGAUGUUGUGAUGAUCAGACCUCAGAACCUACCAGAAUCAACAGAACAGUUGCUAGAAAUACUUAAAAAUCACAAUCUGCAUUGUCUAAGGCCUGACACGAUGUUGACUAUAUUGAGCAAGGAUGAUGAUAUGCCUGUCCCUCCUGCACUUUCUCAUCCAGUUACUUUACAUCAGUGUGCUCAGCUGUAUUGGGACCUAAAUGCUGUUCCCAAGAGAUACACAUUCCAGAUAAUGUGUAACUUCACCACAUCAGAAUUGGAGAAGGAGAAGUUACAGGAACUGAUCAGUGCAGAAGGCCAGGAAGAUCUGUUUAAAUAUUGUAAUCGUCCUCGCAGAACUAUUCUAGAAGUACUCUCUGAUUUUCCUUAUGCAUCUGCAAAUAUUCCAAUAUCAUAUUUCUUUGAUAUCUUUCAACCAAUUCGCCAAAGGGCUUUCUCUAUUGCAUCAUCUCCUAAGGCUCAUGCUGGGGAAAUACAUAUCCUACUGGCUGUGGUUCAGUACAAGACAUCACUAUUUAAACCCAGAUUAGGGCUGUGCUCCAACUGGCUAGCUUCAUGUUCCAUCAACAAUCACUUGCCAGUGUGCAUUAAAAAAGGCUCUUUUACAUUUCCUCUGGACAACAGUAUUCCAAUAAUCAUGGUAGGACCUGGAACUGGAGUGGCUCCAUUCCGCAGUUUUAUCCAGGAGAGAGUGUGCUCAGAUUCAGCAGACAGUGACACUCUUUUGUUGGUCUUUGGCAACCGCAACCACAUGGCAGACUUCCAUAUGGCCGAUGAAUGGAAAUCUUUGGAACACAUGAGAAAACUCACGCUCCUCACAGCCUUCUCCAGAGAUCAACCUCAUAAAAUUUACGUACAGCACAUUAUCGAGAAGGAGUCUAGUUUGAUAUACAGGUGGUUGGAGCGAGGAUGUUGGAUCUAUGUGGCGGGGAAUGCCAACAACAUGCCAGCUGCGGUCAGGAAUGCUUUUGUAGCAGUUCUUCAGGACAAAGGUGGUCUUGUUCCUCAACAAGCAGAUGAUUUCAUAACCUCUAUGGAGUCUAAAGGAAUGUACCAGACUGAAACUUGGUCUUAAUUGAUUUUGUGAUAUUAACUAAAUCUUUAGCAAUAACAUUAAUUUUAAAUUUGUUGUGUUGCAUUGUUUUUCAAAAAUCAAUACCAUUUUAAUAAAAACUUGAAUGAAGUGA